GCGAUGCCCCAGAGAAGUGAGGUUUCAUGACAAGUUUUUACUAAUACUGAUGACAGCCCUGACAGUCACGACCCAGGGAUAAAAAAAACAAAAAAACCCGCGAUAGAAGAGUCAAACAGAACAGACACCUGCGCAGACCGAGGCCGCUGCAGGGCGUAGUGCGCACACAGCCGUACCGUCCGUGGGUUACUUUUUAACAACUUUUAUUUCCUUCCUAAACCACGUGGACGAGCAACCAGAGUUCAUGUGUGACAUAUACAGCCUGGACUCUCACUGCGUGUCUCCACAAUGCAACAUGAGUUGGGCGAUGGAGCCUGCUAACUUCUACGAGAGCACCAAGCUGAGCGGCCCCCAGCAGGGGAUGUGCAAGCCGGGCAGCAGGGGCGAGGGUGCAGGCGAGGACGGCACCAUGGUGGAGCUGAGCACCGCCCCUGCCAUGUACGACGACGAGAGCGCCAUCGACUUCAGCCAGUACAUAGAGUCGAUGACAGCCGUGCCCAACCUGGAGCUGUGCAACGAUGAGCUCUUCCUGGACCUGUUCAACACUGUGAAGCAGGAGAAAACGGACUUCUACAGCAUGUCCAGCUCCAUCCUGAGCGGCGGCAUGCACCAGCACCAGCAGCAGCAGAUGUCAGCCGCAUCCCCGUACGCAGCUGACAGGAAAGCUGACAUCAGCCUGGAGAAAGGACACUUCAGCGCCCCCAUCAAACAGGAGUCCGACUGGAGUGACAGCGACAUGUCCUCGUCCCUGCCGUCCCAGAUCGAGACCUGCGCCCAGACCUCUGUCAGCCUCCCCACGGGACAGCCCACUCCACCCACCACCCCGGAGCCCGUCUCUGCUGUCUGCUCUGUCAAGUCCUCUCCUCGGAAGAUCGGCAGGGAAAAGGGCAAAAAGGCGGUGGACAGGUACAGUGUGGAGUACCGACAGAGGCGAGAGAGGAAUAACAUAGCCGUGAGGAAAAGCAGGGACAAAGCCAAGAGGCGCAACUUGGAGAUGCAGCAGAAACUGCUCGAACUGAGCGCGGAAAAUGACAGACUACACAAAACUAUCGAGCAGCUAACCAGAGAGCUCACCGGGCUCCGAGAUUUCUUCAAGCAGAUACCCAACUCCUCCUUUGCAGGAUCCACAAGUGCAGAGAGCCGGUGACAAACACACGUGUCACCACCUUGUACGAACUGAGCUUUAGGAGACAUACCUCAACAGACAUUUUCGUUUUACCAUCUGUACCAGAUGUAUUUUAAGCUUACCAUAAUGGCACUGGAAAUAUAUGAUGUUGCUGCCAUAUUUUUUGUGGGAAUUUCUCUAUAUUAAAUUAUUUUACCACUGCAUUUACAUGAUGUUAUAUGGUACAUGUUUUGUAAUUCCAAACUUUGUAUAAGAGCCAGAGCAUGAUCUUUUAUAUAGUUUGUAUGAAACCUUGAAACAUUUUUGUUUAUGGAAUCUAUAAUAAAAUUGCUGAAAAGGUGCAAAA